AGUUAACACACUCAUAGUUAAUACGCCCCAUAGUUAACUCAUACACAAUGCCAUAGUUAACACACCAUUACAUCAUGCCGGAAUUUCCUUCUCGUCUACACAUACUAACAUUGUACGGGCAAUGUGGGCGAGGGGUACUACUCUGUGGGGUGAUGUUGGGGACCGGGGUCUCUCCAAUUACUGCGGCAUGGGUCCAGACCUCAAGUUACCUACAAAUUCAUAUGAGUAAUGAAAUGUCGUCCAACUUCACUCGGUGCUUGUCGUGUUUCAUGCACUCCAACGUCAAAAUUCCUUUUUGUACCAGUAUCGUAAAUCUGCGACAUUAUUUGCUAUCACCAGCUUUAAUUUCACUUAAUUCCAUAUAAUUGUCAUUAAAU